AUGACCUGCAACAACAAAUGGGCGGCACAGGUUGCUCGAUGGUCAAAUUAUUUGGCACCCGAGAUACUUUUGGGAACAGGACAUGGUGCAACUGCAGAUUGGUGGUCUGUAGGUGUCAUAUUAUUUGAAUUGAUUGUUGGCAUUCCACCAUUCAAUGCAGAACAUCCUCAGACCAUAUUUGAUAAUAUUCUCAAUCGGAAUAUACCUUGGCCCCGGGUACCAGAUGAAAUGAGUCCUGAAGCACAAGAUCUAAUUGAUCGAUUACUUACUGAGGACCCUCAUCAGAGACUUGGAGACAGAGGAGCAUCGGAGGUGAAGCAACAUGUCUUCUUCAAAAAUAUCAACUGGGACACGCUUGCCAGGCAGAAGGCUGCUUUUGUUCCCUCUUCAGAGAGUGCACUAGAUACCAGUUACUUCACAAGUCGCUACACUUGGAAUCCUUCGGAUGACCAUGGUUAUCCAGCCAGUGAAGAGGAUUCCAGUGAUGCUGACAGCUUAAGUGGCAGCAGUAGUUGCUUGAGCCAUCGCCAGGAUGAAGUGGGAGAUGAAUGUGGGGGUCUUGCUGAAUUUGAGUCUGGCUCAUCUGUGAAUUACUCUUUCAGUAAUUUCUCAUUCAAGAAUCUAUCCCAGCUAGCAUCAAUCAACUACGACCUGCUGUCAAAGGGUUUCAAGGACGAUCACCCAACAAAUCCAAAUGCAUGACUUAUCUGGAAUAGGUUUUUGGAUUAGUUUGAUUAGGCAUAUUUGUGGGGCUGAAUUGGUGUUACUGUACAACCUGUACAUAAAUAGAGGAGAACAUAGAGGCUAAAACUGGUUCGGGAUGUUCUUUCCUUGGACUUAACAGGUCUAGUCCAGGGGUUCGAUGAUAUUAGCGUUGAGCUGCUUGUUGGUUUUAUUUUGAGAAACUUCACCCCUAAUUUAUGUGCCCUGGUGUUGGUUAUAGUCUUGAUUUGUGGUGUACGUUGAUCUUUUACACACCCCCCUUUUCCUCACUAGCAAUGAGAACUUUCCUCAUAUGUACAGUUUAUCGUGUAGUUUAUGAAAUUCGUUUUUUCUGAA